AUGACGCGCCACGGGCUCUCUCCCGGCAGCGCAGUUGCACCGAGCUGCCGCGCUUCGCCGACGCGCGACGCGGAGGCCAGGAAGAUCGGGAAGCCGUCGGGGACGAAGGGCGGCGCCGGCCACGCGUUCGGCCGCUCCAUGCGCUUCCUCCCGUCCACAAGGCCCGCGGGCGUGACGCUCACGCCGGGCCGCGUCGCGCCGUCGGACCUCCGCAGGCUUGCCAACGCCGCGUCCCUCGAUGCCGCCGCCGACGUCGCCAGCUCCGGCUCGGAGUGCAGCGACGCCUCCAGGCUCCGCCACCACCACGCCGAGGACGACGGCCUCCAAGCCGCACUCUCCGUUGCUCCCGCGCACGGGCUCCGUCCGCCUGCUCGGGUCGAGCAAUACGCAGUGGGCGCUCUCGCCAGGGCGGCGCAGCGGCUCGCCGCCGCUCAAGGCGAUGACGAUGCUGCCCACGGUGCCGGAGAGCAAAGGCAAGAAGAGCCUGAUCAGCCUCGGUGGGGCCACAUCUUCCACCGGCGGAAGCACGCGGCCGAGGACGCGUCCAUCGCCGCUGUCACGGCCACCUUGCUGUCCUCGCCGGUGCCGUCGCGCAGCAGCGGAGGCGGCGGGGAGCCAGCCACCACAUGA